AUGAAAUCACCGGUAGAAUCAGAUGAUAGCGAUUCAGCCGCUUCCUCAUAUCAUCAUCACGAGAAUCGAGAAUGGAUUUGGGCACAGAAAUUGGCGAGGUAAAAUUUGGAAAUGUUUUAUGAACAUUUAUUUCAAAAAUGUGACAACAGAAAGAGUCUCAUUUAUUUUGUGAAGAAGAAAAAUUGAGGAAGCCAAGAUUUUUGGAUUUUUAAUUUCUAGAAAAAAAAAUUGGCUGAAGAACCCACGUGGCAAUUUUUUAAGAAAAACCGGAAACUAUAUGUAGUUUGAUCUAAUUGUAAAAGAAAAAUCAUCCAGCUGUUGAAAUUUGAAAUUAUUUUUGAUGUGCAAUUAAAAUCACAUGAAAAAAUUGUGUGUAGUUUGCUCAAAUUCCACGUGGCAAAAGCUUUCAAAAAAAAUGUAAUAAAACUUGAUAAAUUCCAUAAACAUCCAUUUCAUUUUCCAAUAGAAUUUUCAUUUGUUGACACGAAGCUCCGCCUAUUUCUGCUUGGCUUCAAACAAAUAUCUUCUCGUUUUUCUCCCUCUCAAUUUUUAUCUAUUAUUAUUAUUUAUAAUAUUUUUGAACACGAAAAAGAAAAACGAAUAUUUAUUUGAUACUACAAUUCUUGAGAAAAUCUUGUUCUGAUCUUUCUUUUUUUUCGGCUCGGAAAAUCUGAAAAUCCAAUUUUAUAUCUUGAAAUGUCUCGAUGAGAAAGAAAAUGAUAGAUAGUUUGGUCAGGUUAGUCAUGGGGAACUUUUUUUGAUGAGUUUUCAAGAUCUCAGAGCUCUUGAGAUUUUUUCUGAAAACUCUGAAAAAAAGUUGAUUGAAAAUUCAAAAUCCACGGAACAUUCUCUAACAAUAAAAGUAAAAAAUAAAAAAUUUUUAAACUGUGCUGAAAUCAGUUUCUAAGAGAUUUUCAGAACAUAUUUCAGAAAAUAAUCUACGUGGCAUUUUUAGAGAAGAAAUUCGUUGGGAACUUUUUCCUGAAAUUAUUUUUUAUCGGAAAAUCUGUAAGUUCCACGUGGUAAAAAAAAAUUUGAAAUUCCAAAAUAAAAUCCACGUGGAAUUAUUUUCCUGCAAUUUUUCGAAAAACAUCAAAUUUCCGGAAAUUUGUCAUAGGUCAGUCACAUUUUCAAAAAAAAAAAUUUCUAUUCAAUCCCAACUAGAAGGGCUUCGCUGGCUAACGCCAUCUACAGUAGUUUGACUUACUUUUGAUUUAUUUUCCGGUUAGGUAAAGAGAAACAUUGAGAAAUGCCCAGAAAUUGUUCGCUUUUUUCAGAAAACAGAAAGAUCAGAUAAGAAACGUGUCCUUUAAUUUUUUUGGAAUAAAAACGUGAUCAUUCUUUUUUACAUGAAAAAAGUUUUGAUUUUUCACGUGAAAACUCGCGCACUUUUUGAAAAAUCGAAUAUUAUCGCCUCGAUGGGAGAGAAUUUGGGAUCGAAUGGUGAAGGUCCCAUCAAAAACGGUCUUCUGGAAAUUGAGAAAAGUCGAGCGACACAUUUUAAAAUCGAAAAAUACAUUGGAGUUUUCAAACUUUUUGAUUCUCCGCGCACUCACAUACAUUUUGAGAAAGAAUGAAUAGGAAGCGCAUCGAGCUGCCAACAUUUAGAAACUUUUUCUUUUUUUGAUCAUCAAUUUUUAUGCGCACAGUUUUGAGAACGGGUCCCGGACAUACUAUUGCCAAAAAAAUUUUCCCAAUUAGUAUAUAGUAGAUAGAUGCGAUUUUUGAUGCCUUAAUUCCAUCAAAUUUAUUUUUAUUUUCAUUUUUAUUUUUCAUUUCGCGAAAAAAAACUCGGGAAAUUGGCAAAAAAUACAUAAAAUUUAUGAGUUUUGAUAGUUUUUUGGUCAUUGAGCCAAAAAUGACGUAGACAAAAAAACUUUUUGCAGGAGACUCGAACAAGUUCUCAAUGUGCAUCCGGAAAAAUAUCAAAAUGGUUGUAAUAGUCAACGUGGAAGUCGGCAAUCUUCACCGGAUCAUAAUUCGAAUCAUCACAAAAAUAGUGGCGGAAAUCGGAGCAGGAGUGCUGAUUUUGGGUGAGUUCAAGAUUCUAGAUCUGAAAAACAACCGAACGGCAAAGCCGCGAGUGUAGACCGCAAUUUUCCGCGAAGCGGCCAUGUGGGUUUGCUACGUAGGAUUUCGAAGCUUUCGGUUUACACUGUCAUAAAUAAACCACACGCAAAAUAUUGGCUAUGAAAAUCAGUUUUCACAGAAACGUAUUUUCUCCUGGAAUAAUUCCUAAUGUUUUUCAAGGACCGGGAACCAUGCGAAAUCCAAACAUGUUUCUAGAAUUUCAUAAAUCAUCGGAAAAAGAAGAAAAAAUCAAAAAUUAAUGAAUUCCCUUUGCUCUUCCACCUUUUCAAUGAUUGAUGAUUGAUGAGCAAAAAUAAAUAGAAAGCACAAGAUUUAUGAGCUAGGAUUAAGCAGAAAAUGAUUAAAAAAUAAUCGAGAGGGAUUUGGGGGUUUGGAUACAUUUUUUAUUGAAAAAUUGUUUGAACAGCCUAACAAAUUUGAUCAUAUAAAAUUCACCGAAAAAAAAGAAAUUGAAUUUUUCUCCCGUUUUUUUCGAGAAAAAAACCUAAUUCCAUUUUCUUUUUCCAAUUUUUGGGAAGAUAAUUAGAAAAAAUAUUCCUUUUUUUCAAAAAAAGAAAAGAAAAAGUUUUCUCGAGGAUCUAAAGUCGUUAUUCGCUUCACUUCUUUUUAUUUUUAUUUUCAUCCAAAAAACCGUGGAUUUUUCAAGAUGCUGUAAAUAGAAAUAAAAUGUGGAGGUCUAGAUUCAAAAAUCGAAUAAGAAGGUGAGAGAUAAUUUCUAAAAAUUCUAUGAAUUUUAAUUUUCCCCCAAAAAAAAAUGAUGAGAGAACAAUUGUUCAAUAAGUCAGGUGUUCCAUUUUUCAACUUUUCACGAAAUUUUUCACUUUUUGUUUUCUUCCUGUUUCUCGGAGCAAAAAAUCGAUUUUUCGGCUCUUCGCAUCCAAAAAAUUAUAUGUUAUUCACUUUUUUAUGCGUGAAUUUUUAAUUUUUUGCCUAGGUUUCAAAAAAUCGUUCAAAUUUCCAUUUUUGGCUCAUUUUUUCGACAGAAAAAUAGAAGAGAAGUGCAUAUGAAAAAUGUAUACAUGAAAAAAAGAAGAAGAAUAUAUAUAAACUCAUUUCCAUAUAAUGAUUUAUAUGUUAUUUUUCCUUCACUUUUCUAUUUAUUUCUUUUUUAUUUUUCUUUUAUUUAGAUAUAAGUUUAUAAUUAGGCUUUUUCCCUAAUAUAUCCUAUAUUAAGGUUAAAUUAAAGCUCUAAUUUAGGCUUAUAAAUAUUGUGGCCGAAAAUGUGUAUUCCAGCUCAAAAUAAUCGGCUUUUUGCCCUCAAAAUUCUAUCCAAGAAAUAAUUUCGCCAGUUUUUCACGAGAAAAAGAUAAAAACGAGGGUUUUUAUGUUCCAGAUGACAUAAAGCUUAGCUUCGCCUACCUCACUUUUCCCUCCCCAGAAAUAAAACAAGUGUGUUUUGAUUUGAAUUUUUCUAGAAGAGCCGGUGAAAUGGCUGGAAAUGAUGAGGAGGCGAAUGGAAUGUUGUUGAAGAAUAAUGGAGCUCGGCAGAAGAAGCGCGAUUUGAGUCCGCAACGAGGAACGCCUGAUUCGAGGUCUGAAACGUGAGUUUUUUUUUUCGAAAAAAAAAAUUCGGUUUCCCUGGAAAAUCAGGUUUCUAUGGAAAAUAUUUGAACUCACCCUUUUUCCGCUUCAAAAAACCAAGCGAAAUUGCGGAGCAUCGUUGUUUUCAUACAAAAUUGCUGUGAAAUUCGAAUUUUUGAUUUUCACCGCUUAAAAAAUCCAAGCGGAAUUGUGGUGUAUCGUUGCUUUCAUGAACAAUAGGCUCGGCAAUUUAAAAUUUUCAAAAAAUGUUUUUUCAUAUUUCAGUUAUAUCUCCGAGCAAAACAUCAUCACAAUAAAUGUAUCCGGCAUGAAAUUCCAAACCUUCGAAAGCACAUUAUCCAGAUAUCCCAAUUCUCUCCUAGGCGAUCCUGAAAAACGAAAAAGUUAUUAUGUUGCACAAACCGAUGAGUAUUUUUUCGAUCGACACAGGACGACGUGAGUUUUGGGUGUCUUUUGAUUUCGGGGGGAUUUGAAAUCGUGCCCCAACCUAAGUUGCUUCAGAUCUCCCUCGUUCAACUUCGAACAUCGUCAACAUUUGUAACAUUUUUAAAAUUUUUCUGCUUGCGUUUUCCAAAAAUUUCCCCCCAAUAAUCCAUUUAAAAAUCUUUUGCCUUUUUAGCAAAAGCCUAGUGGAAACAGCAUCUAAAACCUGGUAUUUUCCAGAUUCGAAUCGAUAUUGUACAUCUAUCAAAGUAACGGUCGGGUAAAACGUCCGGAAGCCGUGCCAAUCGAUAUAUUUUUACGCGAAAUGCGAUUUUUUCAAAUGGGCGAUGGACUUUUGGAAGAAUUUUGGAUUGCUGAGGGAUACGAGAAGCCGAAAGAAGUUCUGAUGCCUGAAAAUAAGACACAAAGGAAGAUCUGGGAAUUGAUGGAAUAUCCGGAUAGUUCAGUGGCUGCUAGAGUUGUUGCCUUCAUUUCAAUCGCAGUUAUUGCAAUGUAGGAGCUCUACUGAACGAGUUGGUAAAACUUUUUUUCUUGCAGCUCAAUAAUCUCAUUUUGCUGGGAAACAGUGCCUGAUGCGAAUUCAGCGCAAUACACUAAAAAACAACAACCCGUUUGCUGCUACCCGGAGCCAGCUGCUCCAAUUAUCACAACUACCACUACUCUACCACCUGAGAUUACUGUAGUUCCAGAUAAUAAAGUUCCGUGGUUCUUCAUCAUUGAAUUAGUGUGUAUUAUUUGGUUUACGAUAGGUAAGAAAAUUGAAAAUCUUUCCCAAUAGCGUCCCUUUUUUGCAGAACUCUUCCUUCGCUUCAUCAGUUGCCCGUGUAAAAUGACAUUCUGCACAUCAAUUUUGAACAUCAUCGAUUUCGUCGCAAUCGCCCCAUUCUUCGUCAAUCUGAUCCUAAGCUCUGAAGAUCCAUCAAAGAAAAACGAGGAGGGCAAAAACUCGGCAAUGUCCUUUGCAGUUUUGCGUGUCCUUCGAUUGGUUCGAGUGUUCCGCGUCUUCAAACUCUCACGGCAUUCUGUCGGCCUGCAAAUCCUCGGAAAAACCUUCCGCGCAUCGGUUCAAGAGUUCUGCUUGCUUAUAUUUUUCAUGGCCAUCGCUUUGGUCCUUUUCGCCUCAAGUAUUUAUUACGCCGAGCAAACUGGAACUUUUGAAACAACUGAAAACAAAUUCUCCUCAAUUCCUGCCAGUUUCUGGUUUGUGUUGGUGAGUUCAAAUUUAUUUAGCUAUCUCACUGUUUCAACAAAAAAAAAUUUUUUAUAAAAAAAAACAAUUUCUAGGUAACAAUGACCACUGUUGGGUAAGUAAAUGUUGUUUGAAGUGAUGUGACGUGGAUUUUUUAAGUAUUUGCGUUCAGGAAAAAUUAAUGCGUUGGUUUUUGCAGAUAUGGAGAUUUGGUGCCAGUCACACCCACCGGUAAAAUCGUUGGUGGAAUGUGUGCGAUGAUUGGUGUGCUCACUUUGGCCCUGCCAGUUCCAAUUAUUGUGAGUUUUUUGCCACGUGGAUUCUCUGAAAACCUUCGGAGAAAAUUUUGAAAUUCAAAGCAGGUCUGAUCCGAAUCCCUAAUGUUUUCAGGUGGCCAACUUCAAACACUUCUACCGCCAAGAGAAUCGUCUCGCCUCAAUGAAAGCCUCCAACCUCAAAAACGCCGAAGACGACGAGAAUGAGAUGGCGUGA